GAUCGAUUUCUAGCGAUAGAGCUCUGCACCGCAAGAGACAGAGGAAAACACCAAUCCCGCCGGCCGGCCGGCGACGUGAGACCGUGACUCCGCGAGCGGAGAGGCCCGAUCGCGACGAUGGGCAGCGUGGCGAUGGACUCCGACUACGGCGCGACGCGCGAGCUGUCGCCCCUCCAGAAGGAGCGCGCGCUGUAUCGCCCCGAGCUCCCGCCCUGCCUCCAGGGCACCGCGGUGAGGGUGGAGCACGGCGACGCCGCGAUCGCGGCUGACGGCGCUGAUGCGCAUGUGAUCGGCCACGCGUUCCCGCACACGUAUGGCCAGCCGCUGGCGCAUUUCCUCCCGAAGACGGCCAAUGCGCCGGACGCUACGGUCAUCACAAAGCACCCUGCCGUCAGGGUUGGUGUCGUCUUCAGUGGCAGGCAGUCCCCAGGUGGGCACAAUGUUAUAUGGGGACUACAUAAUGCUAUAAAUUCUCACAACCCAAGCAGCAAGCUUAUCGGAUUUCUUGGCGGAACUGAUGGCUUGUUUGCUCAGAAAACUUUGGAAAUCACCGAUGAAGUUCUUUCUUCCUACAAAAAUCAAGGUGGUUAUGAUAUGCUUGGUCGAACCAGGGAUCAAAUCAGAACAACUGAACAAGUAAAGGCAGCAAUGACUACUUGCCAGGCUCUGAAGUUGGAUGCUCUUGUAAUAGUUGGAGGUGUCACAUCCAACACGGAUGCUGCUCAGCUUGCUGAGACUUUUGCUGAGUCGAAAUGUUUGACAAAGGUAGUUGGUGUUCCUGUAACUCUGAACGGCGACCUUAAGAACCAGUUUGUCGAGACAACUGUUGGCUUCGAUACCAUAUGCAAGGUGAACUCACAGCUCAUAAGUAAUGUCUGCACUGAUGCUCUUUCUGCUGAGAAGUAUUACUACUUCAUUCGCUUGAUGGGACGGAAAGCAUCUCAUGUGGCCUUGGAAUGUGCUCUCCAGUCACAUCCAAAUAUGGUCUUACUAGGGGAGGAGGUUGCUGCAUCAAAACUUACAAUUUCUGAUAUUACAAAGCAGAUAUGUGAUGCUGUCCAGGCAAGGGCUGAAAAGGAUAAAUACCAUGGUGUUGUACUUAUUCCCGAGGGCCUUGUCGAGAGUAUACCUGAAUUGUACGCUUUGCUUCAGGAAAUUCAUGGGCUACAUGAUAAAGGUGUUUCCGUUGAGAACAUCUCUUCUCAUCUUUCGCCUUGGGCUUCUGCACUAUUUGACUUUCUGCCUCCAUUUAUCAGGAAACAGCUACUUCUGCAUCCAGAGUCUGACGACUCUGCUCAGCUUUCUCAGAUCGAGACUGAAAAGCUUCUUGCCCAGUUAGUUGAGACAGAAAUCAACAAACGUCUGGAGGAAGGCACUUACAAAGGAAAGAAGUUCAAUGCAAUUUGCCACUUUUUUGGCUACCAAGCAAGAGGUGCUCUGCCAUCAAAGUUUGAUUGCGAUUACGCCUAUGUUCUCGGUCAUGUAUGCUAUCACAUCUUAGCUGCUGGUCUGAAUGGCUACAUGGCCACUGUGACAAACCUAAAAUGUCAUGUGGAACAGUGGAAAUGUGGUGCUGCUCCUAUUACGUCUAUGAUGACGGUAACGGGAUGGUCGCGUGGCCCUGCUGCCAGUCAAAUUGGGAAGCCCGCUGUUCACAUGGCAAGCGUCGACUUAAAAGGAAAAGCAUACGAGUUGCUGAGCCAAAACUCUUCCAGCCUCCUGAUGGAAGACAUCUACAAGAACCCUGGGCCGCUGCAAUUCCAAGGACCGGGUGCCGACGCAAAGCCCAUCUCGUUGUGCGUGGAAGACCGGGACUACAUGGGAAGGAUCAAACAGCUGCAGGAGUAUUUGGAGAAGGUGAAGAGCAUCGUCAAGCCUGGGUGCUCGCAGGAUGUGUUGAAAGCGGCGUUGAGCGCCAUGGCGCAUGUGACGGAGCUGCUGACCAUCAUGUCUUCUCCGUCUUACAGUGGCCAGGCGACCAUCUGAGAGCAAACUCGGAGCGUCCCAUAUGCCGGAAUCCCACGUGUUUCCACAGGCAUAAUUUUCCUUUUGUCGGCCCAUAGAAACCGGGAUCUUGAUAGUUCGUCAUCUGAGUUUUAGACUGCAAAGUGUGGCGACUGAUUAAAAUGAGUUUGGAGAUUGGGAUUUGGGAGGAGUUAGAACAGGAAUAAUUGCCCACUUUUAUGGCAGAAAUCAACGUCAAUAUAACCUGUGAGUUAGAAGCUCAGGAUAUAAUAACCGAAAA